AUGCUCGGCAGCACCCGCUCAGGGCAGCAGGGACAGCGGGCCAGAGGCGCAGGCAGCGAAGCGCAGCAACCGGGGACAAGCAGAGCGCCGCACCACUCGCCAGGCGGCGGCGCCACCAACUACCGCGUCGUCUACAGCUCUGACGACUCGCUGAGCGAUGGGGAGCUGCACGUGGAGCGGCGGCAGGGCAGCAUCAGCGCCUGGUACCAGCGGGGGUCCGCCCCCACUUCCGAGGCAGCAGCAUCCUCCUCGCCGCGGCAUCAACCGGCUCGCCAGCGGCGCUCCCCGCGCCGGAGCACCAGCGCAUCCUCUCGAGACAGCGGCAGCGAGGGUGCAGCGCCGCUGCGCAGCUCAGUCACCGUGGUGCUGCACGACCACGCCGGCGGCAGCCAGGACAGGGAAGAGGAAGAAGGCCCGGAAAGCCGGGGCUCUGGCGGCUGCGCGCCAGGUGGCGACAGCGAGGGCGGCGGCGGCCCUGCCAGCCUGGCAGUCGGGCAGCAGGAGCUGCAGGGCAUGAUCAAUUGGGAGACCAACAACCUAUUCGACUACCUGAGGGGCCUGUGCCAACAGGGAGAUCAGGCUGGUACCAGCCGGGAGGCGCACCUUGGGCAGGGACAAGACAGCGAGGAGUGGGCCCGCCGCCUGUCGGCGCUGCGCCAGCUGCUGCGGGAGCGGGACGGCGAGGUGGCGGAGCUUCAGGGGCUGCUGGAGGCCCGGCAGGCGCGGCUGGAGGAGCAGGGGGCGGAGCUGGCGCGGCAGGCGCGGCGGGUGGCGGCGCUGGAGGAGAGCGGCGGUACCGCCCCGCUGGCCAGCUUCCCCACCUACACCAGCGAAGGGGAGCCGGCAGGAAUGCAGCGGGACGAGUACGGCCAGGUGCUGCACAACAAGCGCCAGCUGGCGGCAGCCUACCAGCCUGCCGCCACCGCAAGCGACGCCUACUUUGUGCAGCUGCCCGCGCAGUCGUACGCGGCGUACAGCGGCUGCGGCUUCUGGCAGUCGGUGGCGGAGGCGGCGCAGCGCCGCCCGCGGCGGGUGGGGCUCGCCGCAGCCGCCCUGCUCCUCUUCCUGCUCAUCGUGCUGUGCGCGACGCUGAUCCCCGCGGCGCAGCGCCGCCGUGCCGCGCCGCGCUUCCUGGCAGCGCCCUCUCUGGCGGCCACUGGCGCCACGUGGAUCGACGUGUCUGUACAGGUGGACAGGCCGGCGGUGGUCAGCUAUAUGGCGUUCAGGCAGGCAGACCUGAACACGCAGGUGCCGGGGCUGGGGCGCACCCUGUUGGAGCUGAUUCAGGGCGAGGAGGUGCAGGCGGCGGCUGUGGUGGCCGCCUCUGCUCCGUCUGCCGGCGCGGCAGGCGCUGGCUUUGGCAGCAGCAGCAGCAGCAGCAGCAGCAGCAGCAGCAGCAGCAGCAGCGCGCAGCUCAGCGGCCUGCAGCAGCUAGCGGUGGCCUGCAGCUGGUCCAGCGCAGACGCCGCCACUGGCAGCGGGGGCAGCAGCACCGUAUCUGUGCUGUCGGCUGCGCCAGCCGCCGACGCCGCCUGCACGGGCGGCGGCGGGGCAUCGGCCCGCUGCGCACGCUGCCCUCAGCUGCAUGACGGCACAGGCUACACGCUGCUGCUGACGGCGGUCGGCGCCAGCGGCAGGGGCUUGAGCGCCGUGCAGGUGGUGAAUGCGGUGACUGGGGAGGCGGCUGUGAACGUGAAUGGGCUGGAGCCACCAUAUGCCGACAACGCCACCGCCACCUCCUUUGACCUCCAUUUCAAGCUCAAUGCGCCAGGCACGCUCUACUAUGCCGUCGCCCACGCCCGGCUCUUUGCGCCGUACGGCGCGCGCCAGCUGGCGUAUGGCGCCCUCACGCCCCCCAGCGCCGCCGUCGUAGCCGCCAACCCUGCCUCCUUCCUGGGCGGCCUGGUAGCAAAUGGCAGCACCGCGGUAGCGGCCGCCGGUCAGUGGACCAGCCUGCGGGUGGAUCCGCCGUGCGUGGCGGCGCUGUGCAGGGAGACUCUGCAUGGGCUGCAGGGCGGCACCGAGUACCUGGUGUUCCUGGUGGCCGUGAACAACUAUGGCGCGGUGGAUCCCGCGCCAGCAGUCGCCGCCGUCACCACCGCCGCCGCCACGUCAGCGCCCGCCCUGCUGCCGCCCACCGCCCCCUCCAACAUCUCUGACAGCGGCUUUGGCAUGGCAGUCAGCAUGGAUGCUGCGGGCGGCGUGUACUUCUCGCUCCUUGCAGCCAAGCCAGGGGUCACUGUGGCAGCGGAGGCAGACGGCAUCGCCGCAGGCAGCUGGGCCCAGAUGGGCAGCCUGCUCCCUGGCGUCGACAGCCGUCGCCGGCUGCUGGGUGCAGCAGGCGGGGCAGCACGCGUUUUUACGCCGGCUUCUCCGCAGCUGCGUGCCCUGCUGGCAGGGGACUCGCCGGUACCGCCUGGUACGCUGGUGGCGCCCACUUGCUACCCCAUGAACCGAACGUGCUUGCUAGAGGCGGGCGCAGCCUUUGCAGGGGUGGACGGCCUGGCCGGCAGCUUUGAUGUGCUGGCCUCGGGCUGCACAGAGGUGCCGGAAGCGGGGCGCGCGGUGGCGCUGCCGCCGUUCAGCGGCCUGCAGAACGACACGCUGCACUACCUGCUGCUUUCCACAGAGGAUACUGCGGUACCGCAGCCCAACCGCCUGCAGCCGCCGGCCGUGUUUGCGGUGCACACCGUGGACCUGUCGGCGCCCCGCCUGGCCUGCGGCUUCCCGGUGGCCGCCAACAUCACCUCCACCAGCUUCUCCUUAGCUGCCAUGCUCACCAAGCCAGGCGCCUCGGUCUUUGUUGUGGUGCUGCCCGCGGCGGCAGCCGCCACCCCGCCGACAGCAGACGAGGUGCUGCGCGGCACGGGCGCCGGCGGCGCCGCCGCGGCCGCCGCCGGCAACCUGACGCACUGGGGCUCGCUGCCCUGGGAGGUGCCAGGGGUGGCGGCAGACCCCCGCAAGCUGUGGGCUCCUGUGACGGGGCUGCAGAGCGGGGCCAACUACACCGCGUACCUGACAGUGACGGAAGAUGGCGGCGCUCCGCUGCACGGCGGCGCCGUGGCGGCGCUCAGCGGCAUCCUCACACCCAGCACCGCGCCCCCCACCUUCACCCGCCUCAAGGGCCUGAACGCCAGCGUGGACGAGCAGCGGGGCACCUUCUCUGUGCAACUGUCUACCGACCUGGACCGGGCGGGACAGGUGUACUAUGCGCUAUACCGCAACUACACCUGCAUCCGGGGCGAGCCAACCGUGGCCGACAUCGUGGCGGGCAACCCGCUGCCGCCCUCCGUGUGCAAGUGCGACGACGCGUCCUACUGCGCCCUGGUCACCGCGGGAAGCUACGCGGUACCUGGACAGACGCUGAGCGCGGUGCACUCGGUGGGCGGCGAACUGUCGCCGCUGCCCUUCCAGUCGCUGCGCAACGCGAGCGAGGCCCAGCUCAAGUGCUUCCAGGGCGGGCUGGGCCAGGCCACCGACACCUACAACAUUUACCUGGUGGCCGGCAGCGCGCUGCCCACCCACACGGGCCUGGCCCCGCAGUGUGGCCACCUGGCGCAGGCGGCGGCCACGGCGGCCGCGGCGGCCGCCCAGCCAGGCGCCGACCCGGGCGCCGGCUGCCCCGCCGCGCCGCGCCUGGCCUGCGCCCAGGCCCAGCUGCGUCCGGAUUCUCAGGUGCUGCAGGCCGGCGCCAUCCAGCCCUGGCCCCUCAACGCCAGCGGCGGCGGCGGCGCCGGCCCGCUGGAGUGGCUGCCGCCGGCGGGCGCCGCCGCGGUGGGCCGCCCCGCCAAGACGCAGCUGAGCCUGGAGGGCGGCGCGGCGCCGGCGUUUGCCUGGGGCCCCGCCUUCCCUCCCGCCAUGCGCACCGGCGGCAGCUUCGGCAUGCAGUUUGCCCUGGACAAGCCGGCGCUGCUCAUCUAUGCAGUCUUCCGCCCCAUGCCCAUCGACGCCAGCGGCAACCCGCAGGCGCCAGUGCUGAUCGCCACGGGGAGGGUGCCUGUGUUCGAUGCGGGGGCCAACGCCACCACCGGCGCCGUCGCCGCCUGCCCCUGGGCGCCCGGAGGCGCCAUGCAGCCGCAGGCGCAGUAUUACAUCACCUUCAUCGCCCGCGACAAGUAUGGGCGGAUGGACGGCCUGUGCCCGGGGCAGCAGCCAGGCACGGCGCCUCGUGUAUGCACCGACCUCGCUUUCACCUGGGUCUGA